AGUGGAAGCUACUGGUUUCGACUUCUUCCUUCUGGGUCAAAACAGCAAAGGAUUUCUGCUGCGGAGAAGAAAGAGAGAGAAUAGGUUUCUCAUUUCCGGCCUCGAGCUCGUCCAGGCUCUCCCACAAACCCAUCAAAAUUGAGACUUCAUCUAUUCUGCGCCAUCAAUUGCAUCAUUUUCACUAAGACCUCGUAGUUUAUUGCCCACAUAGCCGGGAACGGAAGGGGGGUGAAAAUGGAUUUGGUGGCUAGCUGCAAGGACAAGCUAGCAUAUUUUCGGAUCAAGGAACUGAAGGAUGCUCUCACUCAACUUGGCCUUUCAAAGCAAGGAAAGAAGCAGGAUCUUGUUGACCGACUACUAGCUAUUCUGUCAGAUGACUCGGUUUCAGGAACAUGCCCAAAGAAAACUGCCGUGCGCAAGGAAGAAAUUGCGAAACUUGUGGAUGACAUAUACCGGAAAAUGCAGGGUUCUGGGGCACCUGACCUGGCAUCAAAAUCACAGGGAGUCUCAGUUCCUUCAGAUAGCAGCAAUGUCGUAUUAAAAGAAGAGAUAGAGGACUCUUACCAGCUUGAUAAGAUUGUUAAGAUUUGUUGCCCAUGUGGAAGUUCCUUACAAACUGAGUCAAUGAUUAAGUGUGAAGAUCAUAAAUGCCCAGUCUGGCAACAUAUUAGCUGUGUUAUCAUCUCUGAGAAAGCCAUGGAAAGUAGUACUCUAUCAAUACCAUCUGGAACAUUCUAUUGUGAACUAUGCAGACUGAGUCGAGCUGACCCUUUCUGGAUGACAGUAGCAAACCCGUUAUAUCCUGUCAAGCUGGCUAUUACACAUGUUCCAACUGAUGGCACAAACCCUGUACAAAGUGUUGACAAAACAUUUCAACUUACAAGAGCGGAUAAAGACUUGUUAGCAAGACAGGAGUACGAUCUUCAGGCAUGGUGCAUGCUUCUGAAUGACAAGGUCCAAUUUAGGAUGCAAUGGCCUCAGUAUGCAGAUUUGCAGGUCAAUGGUUUUCCAGUUAGAGCAAUGAAUAGGCCUCCUUCGCAAUUGCUUGGAAAUAAUGGCCGCGAUGAUGGCCCUAUAAUAACAGCAUACACCAGAGAUGGGAUUAAUAAAAUUUCCUUGACGGGUGGUGAUGCUCGCGUGUUCUGUUUGGGUGUCAGAAUUGUAAAGCGGCGUACUCUCCAGCAGGUUCUUAACAUCAUCCCUAAAGUGUCGGAUGGAGAGUGUUUUGAUGAUGCUCUUGCUCGUGUUUGCCGGUGUGUCGGUGGGGGAAAUGUCACAGAAAAUGCUGACAGUGACAGCGAUAUUGAAGUUGUAGCUGAUUGCAUUCCUGUGAAUCUUCGAUGUCCGAUGAGUGGAUCAAGGAUAAAGGUUGCUGGGAGAUUCAAGCCCUGUGUUCACAUGGGCUGUUUUGAUCUUGAGGUUUUUGUUGAAAUGAACCAACGCUCUAGGAAGUGGCAAUGCCCUAUUUGCCUCAAGAAUUACUCUCUGGAGCAUAUAAUCAUUGAUCCAUAUUUCAAUCGAAUUACAUCCAAGUUGAAGAAUUGUGGAGAAGAUGUAACAGAGAUUGAGGUGAAACCUGAUGGUUCUUGGCGUGUUAAGAUGGACGGUGACAGGAAAAGUCUUGGGGAUCUCGGGCAGUGGCACUUGCCUAAUGGAAAUUUGUGCUUGCCCUCUGAUGCUGCAGAAUCUAAACCGAGGCCUGAUAUUCUCAAACAGAUCAAACAGGAAGUUGGCAGUUCAGAUUGUCGUGGAAGUCUUAGAGUUGGAUGGAAAAAAGAUGCUAAUGGUGAAUGGACACCCAUAUCCGGAAACAGAUUACAACAGAAUUUUGAACUGCUUGGGCAGGAUAUCCUUAGCAGCAGUGCCACUGUAAGUGGAAAAGAAGGAGAUGAUCCCAGUGUAAAUCAGAAUGGAAAUGGGAAUCUUGAUUUCUCCACCACAGCUGGACUUGAACUUGACUCCAUUUCACAUAAUAUGGACCCAGGCUUAUGUUUUACUUCUCAAAAUCCAUCUGCUCCGUCUGCAGGUGCUGAGGUUAUUGUUCUUAGUGAUUCUGACGAAGAAAACGAACCAGUAACAAUACCUUCAGGAGCUAUCUACAAUGCCCCCAAUACCGAUGGUGGAUCGAUCUCUUUCUCUAUCAAUCAACAAGGAAUUCAGGAUCCUUACCAUGGAGAUCCUCCUUUAGCUAAUGAAGGAAAUUCAAGAAUGGACGAUUUUGAUGUCGUUAGCAAUGUAGAUGCCUUUGGAAUGCCUAUUUGGCCUUCACUUCCCAAUGCUCAGGGAGGUGGCUUUCAAUUUUUUGAUACGGACCCAGAUGUCUCAGGAUCUUUAGUUGAUGUGCAGCAUGAUUCCAUUAACUGUGCUACAACUAGUGUUAACACCUAUGGGUUGACAACAGAUAACACUUUGGGAGGAUCUGCUGAUGUCAUGCCAGAAUCUUUUGCUGGUCUUCAUACAGUGGAUAUAAAUGAUGGUUUACUCGAUAAUCCCUUGGCAUAUGACGGUAAUGACUCACUUCAGAUAUUUUUGCCUACUAGGCCCUCAAACACACCGGCAGAUAUUGAUAUGAGAGAUCAGCCAGAUGUCUCGAAUGGAGGUGUUCGAAAUGAGGAUUUGAUUUCCCUUAGACUCGGAGUCGGAGGUAUGGGGACUCACAGUGGUCUUUCAGCUGAUAAUGGUUUUAACUCCAUGCAGCAGCAAUUGCAAUCCAAGGAUGGCAGCGAUAGCUUGGAUUCUUUGGCUGAUACUGCUCCAUUGCUCCUCGAGAUGAAUAGUAAUAAAUCGAAGAAGUCGAGAGAAAGAUCAGAUAGCCCCUUUUCAUUCCCUCGACAACGACGAUCUGUAAGACCGAGAUUAUACUUAAGUAUUGAUUCUGAUUCCGAGUAGUAGGGUAGUAGCAAGUAGUUGUAAUAGUGAUAGUGAAAAACUCAAGACUAAAAAAAAGGAGAAAAAAAAAGUAAAAGGAAGAAGCUAAUUUAAAGUGAAAUGCUCUUCCAUUAUUAAUAUCUUAUUAUGUAUUCUUACUGGAAGAUGCAAUGUAUCUAUAAAAUUAUCGGCUUUUAUACUAGAAGAUUCGUCUGCCAGAAGAUGAAUCGAGGAUAUUGACGUGCCCAAGCAAUAGUAGAAAGGAAUCUGCCAUUCUACCAACAGCUUUUGGAGGUUUCUUUACUUGGUAAGCUCUCAAUUUCUUCUGAAAUUAUUUCUAGAGAGAGAUCGCACACACAUAUAUAUAUAUAUAUAUAUGAUGAUGAUGGUUGGGGGUUGGCUUUAAUUUAUGUGUCCAAUUUGCCUUUAUUUUUGUUUUCUUAUAUUAUAGGUAUGGACGGGUAAACCUUUUUCUUUUAUUCUUCGUAGUUUAUAAGAUGACCCCGCCACGGUGAACUGUACAUUUUGACAUUGCUUUUUACAGAAAAAAAGGGCACAUAACAAU